CAAGGCAGUCGCAUCACCUUCUUUCUGAAGUAAUGGACGUUGAGACAGUUUUUAGGUUUUGCGAAUUUUGUUUAUACCUUCGUGAAUCGCGCUUGUAAACUUUUGUUAUUACUUUUAAAAUCUUUCCCUUAACAUAAUUAUGUAGUGCGCGUAUUAAAUAUCGUCUGUUUUAUUGCGGAACACUAGUUUUCCCUAUCGUUUGUGCCUUCAACCAUUUUAUGCCAAUUGAUUUUGUGCUACCUAACAAUUUUCCAUAGAUUUUAUUGUUUUGAACAAGUUUAUUUGCUGUUAUAUCUUACUUUCGAGUAAUGACAAUCGAUUAUAAGUAUUAAUGUGCAAGUUUUGUUAAGUCAUAUACGGUGUAUAGAACUUUAUAUGUGUUUUUCAUAAUAAAAUGGACUCUAUGCUUUUGUAACAAUGGCACUGUGUGAAAGUCAAUUAGGAUCUAUGAUGCAGCUUCAGGAUUCCCAUGAGGGGACCAGCUCCCCUGACAAGAAGCCCAAGGUAGAAUCAAAUGGAGAUAUCUAUGGAUUGGAUAAAGUUCCUUCACUUCCACUAAGUGUGGACUAUCGCUCCCCUGUGUCUCAUUUUGUUCCACCGGCUGUGGAAUUGUAUGCGGCCAGACACAAACCUGAAAUAAAUAUUGUUGCGCCGGCGACGCCCGUCAAGCGUAAACGCGGUCGGCCAAGGAUCGAUAAGACCAGCCCCGAGUACUUGGCCAAUUUGGCCGCCAGGAAACAGGCCAGGGAGAUGGCCGCAGUUAUGUCCGUAAAUAGCAACAGCAAUAGCAAUAGCAAUAGUCAGGGCGACUCGGGUGAGAAGAGAAAGAGAGGGAGACCGCGCGUCGACAAGACGAGUCCGGAAUAUCUCGCGAGGAAAAGGGCUAGGGAGCUGGAAGCAUUGGAACGGAAAGCGAAAAAAGAAUUCAGAAGGAGGAACACGGCAGAUUCCGCCGCUUCUUCGUCGGCGGGAGAAUCCACGCCCAGAGUGAAAAGAAAAUACACGAAACGGACGCCCACUAAGAAAGAUGGGAAUUCCUCGACGGAUAGGGUGAAAGGAAAGAGAGGCAGACCCAGGAAGACCGAUCAGACGAACAGGAAUCCACAGGAAGGAAAAAUACGUGUUCGCAACAAUCUGAUGCCACUAAACGCUGAGCCCAUUCCGGUCGACAGCGAUGACGAACCAGAUUUGGGAUCUCCGAGUCAAGCGUCUGAUUCGUUGAGUCUGGAUGAGAAUCUUCGUGCCUUGAGACACAUACAUGAGAAAUACGCCAACAUUGAUAAGACGAAGCUUUUGCAGGACGAUUUGUACGAAGCUCACCUCUUAGCUGCGAACUUCAAGAAGCCGCCGUCGGACCAAGUUCGGCGGCUGACGAGGGAAGACGACGACGUGCUCUCCGUUCGGAGCUCGGAAGGCGGGGCGUCCGUCAAAGAAUUGGAGACCAGAGUGGAAAAGUUGGAGGACAGUUCCAAUUCAGGUUCCGGAAGCAGCAGUUCCGGUUCUGGCAGUUCCAGUUCCGGCUCCAGUUCGUCAUCCAGCUCGGAUAGUUCCAGUUCUAGCAGCUCGGAGAGCGAAGGAGAAGAGGAAAAGGGAGAAGAGAAGGAGCCCGCGACGCUCGACUCCAUCGAGAACACCAUUGACGAUAGAUCGUUCGGCGCCUGGUCCUACGGCCAAUCCGCCCAAUCCGGGACCAACUCCGACUCCGGGUCCGAUUCGGAUCCCGAGAGGAGCGGCAUCUCGGGGCCGAUUCCCGCCCAAGACGAGAUAAGCGAGAGCGAGAACGAGUCGGCCGAUAAGAGUUUCCAAUGUCACAUCUGCAAGAAGUGGUACUCCACGCGGGUGACGCUCAAGAUCCACCGACGCGGCCACCAGUCGCGCGGGGGCGGAGGCCGGUCGCGCGCGCGGUCCUCGGACAAGUACGAGUGCGACUGCUGCAGCGCCACCUUCGCCCGGAAGGAGAAGCUGUGGGAGCACCGGGCGGACGCGCACCGCGGCGCGAUGACGGUGCGCUGCGAGGUGUGCCGCAAGUGCUUCGAGGACGAGGCCGAGCUGGCGCGGCACGACGCGUCGCACUCGGCGGACGAGCGCGCCGGCCGCUGCUCGCUGUGCGGCGCGCAGUUCCCGCGCUACGAGCAGCUGCGGCGCCACGCGGCGACCGCGCACCCGGCGCCGGCGCGGCUGCCGCACGCCUGCGCGCAGUGCGGCAAGCGCUUCUCGCACGCGCACUCGCUCACGCGCCACACGCACAACCACGCCAAGCAGCUCUACCGCUGCGUCGUCUGCAAGGCCUCGUUCGCGCGCGCGGACCAGCUGGCCCAGCAUUUGAACAGUCACCUCGCCAACUACAAGCGCCUCAAGCGAUAGGCCUCCGCCCCUCUCGAAUGCUGCGACCCGCUGAGAUCCCCACGGUACGGUAUCUCGUGUCGUCUCUAGUCUGAUUGGUCUGAUUCGUUUUGAUUUCGACGUUUUCCUUUCGGUCCCAUUUAAACAAAAAACAAAUAUAUAUUAUACCUUAAUAUUUUUUAAUGUAUAUUUCUGUGUUUACAUCCGAUUGAUUGUAAAAAAGGUAUUUUAGCUUUAUUGGAAUUGUGAAUUGUGUUACCAAAUGAACCAAAAGUUCGUGAACAUUAAAAUGUAAUUUGACCGAGUCGAAAAAGGUCGGAAUCUUUGUGUUGGAUCCGUUCGCUUGGAUCUUAGCGUCUCGCGAUCCCUGUACAGUGGACGUUUUGUGCGUUUUCCGAAGGCGUGUCGAUCCCGAAUGUUUACAAACGUAUUUAUUUCGACGGCGAACAUGUAUACAGGGUGAAUAAAUUUUAUUGUUUGUGCUGAAUAGGAAACGGUUUCGAAAAACGCAUAGGCGUCUCUAGAUUAUGAUGUUUGAAGUUUUAGUGUAAGUUCGUGUUAUUAAGCUGUUAUAUAGGCGGGUUAUAAACGGGCAGAUUUAGGCCUUUUUAGACUGUUUUGACUAUACGGGCUGUCUCUAUUAGGGAAUACAUCUCUUUAUAGAAAUUUCAUAUCAAUGUCUCGGCUUCUUUCUAAACUACGCUUCGUCUAAAAUGAACACCUGUAUAGUCCAAAUAUGUUACGGUGAGAUAGUGAAGCUGGGAUUUGCAAAAUGUUCCUAAAUGCGAUACGACUGAUAUUCGUUUGUGUAACAAAGUGCGACGCGUAAACAAAAUUGUAUGUAUGUAGCGAGAAUUAUUGUGUCAAAAUCUUGAACUCGAAAUUUAUUGUUACCGAGCUUUGCGCUGCAGGCUUUAAACAGUCGAAACCAGAAGACGAUAAAUAUUCGUUAUACUUAGCGUUGACCAAAGUGAGCCUUGUCUAACACCAAGUUUUAUAGAAGUAGUAAAUUACAGAUAAAUGUCAGUUUCACUAUCCACUCUUAGGUUAAGUCACACGACCCGACGUUUUUAGCUUAUUCGAUGUUCGCCUGGAAACGAAUGCGCACUGUAACAUCGUUUGUAGUUAGGCAAAUGUGUAUUAGUGAAAUGCGGGAAAUAAUACAGGCCUGACGCCUUCGUUCGUAUACGUACGAAAUCAGCUCACGAACGCAUCCACUCUCCAUACAGCUCGUAUCUCUGAAGUGUUCUUUCUAUUUCUAUCGUGAAAUCAUGACGUCGCAUUCGGGUCUGUAGCCUUGAAUUAUUACAUAAAUUAUAUGUAUUGUAUAUAAAAUAUAUCGAAUUAUGUUACAGUACGCGAUCGCUUUUGGGAACUCAACUCGGCUAUUGACGAUAACAAACAUUAAAUGGUCACAAACAUACAUAUAUUUUAUGGCUGAUAGUUUUUCUAAGAUGACCUGCCUCCGUUGAGUCGCUGGUUUCGGUUAAGGCCAAGUACCGAAUGAGAUGUGACUCGGAAAUGACUGAAAUCGUUUCUUAACUUUAGAAUUGAAUUAGUCCCAUGGGAACCUAGAAUCUCAUGUGGAAUUUUUACAUAUCUUUUACAAUGUGGCAGUAGCCGGGUUGGGCAUUUGGAAUAUCGACACACUAGUCCCAUGAAGUUAGACGGUUUAAUAUGGGAUAUCCUUUGCAAGUAGGUAGAGAACGCGAUGCGGGAGCGUAUUUAGAUUUUUGAAGUGCCUCGCACUGAAUACCGUUCGUGACUCGGUCGCGUCAAUCGAUACGCGUGAAGAUGUAUUUUGUAUGUAGAUUUCUAUUGAUUUUAUCCAAAGACUUGGUGAAAAAGAGAACGUUAUGAACUUUUUGAAUAGAGAGACCGAACUAUAUUUACAUACGUUCGUGUGCGUACGCGCGUUAAAUUGCGUUUACGCACGAAAACUCUCGAAGAUCGACUUUAAUAGGACGGUAGGUGUUUUGUCUCAAUUUUUACGAAUGUAUGAAAAGGGACAGAAAAUGUCUGUAUGUGUUUUGGAUAUCGAAUCAUUGUUAGCGAGUGCUAUGAGUGAGAGAGAAGUGAGUUGCGAGAAAUUGAUGUAUUUAAAUAUAAUUUCAUUGUUAUAUAAUCUUUAAAGUUAUUUUAUAAUUAUGAAUUAUUUUAGAGUAAGUUUACGCGUUCGCUGCGCGGGAAGUGUCUGGAGUCGCUCGGAUGAAUCGAAUCCCGAACGCCUUGGCAAAGAUAUUUUUUGCAUUUUUUAUACUGGGCUUCAACAAUUUGAGCGUCUCCAAACGUUUACCACGAAGCGUGGUUAGAUUUAAGUUUUGUUAUUUUAAAGUACGUUCUGCAGAUUUUCCCGCUGAAAGGUGGAUUUUUCAUUUGACGGGUCUGAUAUAAUUUAUUUUUACAUAAUUUUUAUAAUAUGUCUUUAAACAGAAUUUUGAUAUAUGUUUGAGAAUUAAUUCUAUCGACAUCUAUUAUAUAAUGUAUUUAAUUGAUAGACACCGCGGGAAUAUCCUUCUAUUUUUGUUGCCGCGAAGUGUAUUUUUAUUUUACAAAUCUAAAUACGCUCUGUGGGACGUUCGGCGCGCGGGAACGACGCGAUUUUGGCGCGUUUUUCUCGAAGUAACGGGUGGAGUGCAAGUUGAGUUUUUUCACAGACACAAUAUUAUUAAUAUUAUAUUAAAUAUAGAGUUUUAUUUAAAA